AUGAAGGCAUCUUAGUUUAUAUAAAGGAAAUAUGUUUAAUCCCAGGAAUAAAGUCCUUACUAACUUAAUAUCUCACAUUUCAAGCGUCCAAUUUCUCAAGAUAGUCAAAAUACUUCUAAAAAUUAAUAUGAUAAUGAUGAUGACGGAAUCAGCGACUAAUUUAAUCGUUCUAGAAUUCUUAAGCUAUAGCAAGUUGAAGUGAAUCUGGAUCAGAGCAUAAACAAGUAAAUAGCUUUAAAGCAUUAAUAGGUUUAUCUUGAUCCUUCGAUGUCAUCUCUAGAGCAAGAAAAUAAAGUAAACUGUUUUACUGAUGAAAGUUACAUUAACACAGAAAUAUAAGAUGACUCGCUGGCAGAUCUCGAUAAAAUUCUGAAUAAUUAAGAUUUUAAGAGGCCACCACAUUUAAGACUAGAGUACAAUGAAAGCUUUGUAAACCACAUAUAACCUUCAAUAGAUUAAAACUUCCCUUAAAGUAAGCAAACUUCUAAAUGGGCUGAUAUUUUGAAAGACUCAGAAAAAAAUCUUCCUGAAUUCAUUGAUUCAAGAAAUGAUAUUAUAUACAAUAAAAAGAGUAGCACUUUAGAAUCUCAUAUUAGUCACAAUAAUACUAGAAAUAUGAGCGUCAUAUUAGGAUAGAGAUUUAAAAAUGAAGAUCCAGAUAAUGACAAAGAUCGUGUUGAUCAAAAACUUACCUAUCACACCAAGAAUAAUUCAAUCGCUAGAUAGAUUUUACUAGGAAGUACUAACAAAGAUAAAUCAGAAUUUAUAAGUCCUAAUAUUAAGCAUCCAGUAAACCAAAAAAAUUCACCAGUAAAGCAGAGUCAUUAAAAAUAGGAAAGUGAUUAAAGCUAGCUUAAUUGUUAAUCCUUUAGUUUCGAGAAUUAGCAAGAACUAUAAGGAUCUAGCUUCAUAAAUAUUUCAAAGUAGGCCAUUGAUAAUGCACUUAAUAUAUCUUCAAGUAAUGAGUCAAUAGCCUACACAAAUAAAAAGACGUUACUCUAAAAUCGUAACACUAUUCCAGUUGCCAAUGUAGAAAGUCCAUCCAUUAAUAUCUAUAAUGUUCUAAAAGAAAACAAAAAUAUUGGAAAUAAACCAAAAAUGUUGAAGCCUAGAAAAUCGAUAAAUCAAAGUAUAUAAAAGUAAGUGCCUUAGCAGAAAAGUGUACUUCAGAAUCUUCAAAACAUCGAAGAUGUGAGUCAUUUAAGAUUAGAGAUAUUGAAUCUUAACAGAGAGGUACUGGAGAAGGAAUAAAUAAUGAUAGAAAAAGACAAGACUAUUAGAGAGCUAAGAGAGAAUUUAGAAAUAUCACAAAAAUAAAAUAGUUAGCUAGAGAGGAAAGUGAAAUGGUAUUUAGAAUAGGUAUAAAAAUUUGAGGAUUUAUUAAAGCAUAAGAAUGUUUAAAGCCAGUAAAAAUCAAUUAAUCAGGACUUUGUUAAAGCGUAAGAAUAGAAAAUUAAGAUUCAAGAGGAUAAAAUUCUAGAGUUGACAAACAAGUUAGAGAAGAUGUAAUAUGAAUAAGAAUUAGAGUAAAAUGAUAAAAAUAAAGCCCCUAUCGAGUUUUCUAUUCCAUUUAAUUAGAGAUUGGAAAAGAUUAAAUCAAAUACUCAUAGCUAGACAAGUCUAGUUUCUCAAAUAUAAUCAAUAAUGACUCCAGUUAAUAAUAGAUCAGGGCAAUAAACUGAAAUGCGGUUUUUUAGUGAUAUAAGAUAAAAUCCACAUCAUCAAUACAAUAAAAACACCUACUCAAGUCAAGGUUAUGAUAGUUAAAUGUAUUAACAGAACUAAAAUGUGUAAAGACAAAAUGGACAUUUAAGAUGCAUAAGCCAACCUAUCUAGAUUUAUUAAAUUGAGCCAUCACAUAUUAACUAGACUCUUAGCUCUAAUAGAAGUAAUAAUCAAUAUAGCACAACAAGUAGUCAGUAAAAACGUUUAAUUUGGAAUAAGGUUACCACUUAUAAUCAAGAAAUCUCAAAUUUAGCAAACAAUAAAAGAAAUUAUAGCAAUAACGCUACAAAUAACAUCAAUAAGAUGCAAACACACAAAAAUAUCUAUGAAGAAAGAAGUGCUGAAAGGAGUCCUAAUACUCUUCUUAAUAAGACUAAUAUCUUGGUUCCUAGAAUAAACUAUUGA